AACCAAAAAGCCAUCUGUUGUCGACGGAGAGAAUGAAGGAAUCAAAACAAUGUAGGCACCACCAAAAAUCCUAGCAAAAUACAAUACUUGAGCAAAAGGAAACAAAUAAUACAUAAUUUAGAAUUUGUGCAUUCGAUUAAGACUGAAAAAGGGAAAAUAAAUAAUACGAAUAAUUCAGUAUCUGAAUAAGCAAAGGUGGAGAAAAAUAUAAUGGAGGAGGCCCCUCAGAGUGACGCAGAGGACGACCUCUUAUUGCUGGUGCAGUUUUCUGGUGUCGGCAUCGAUGAAGUCAUCAACAGCGAACCUCCUCCACCAUUCAAAAUUAUCGGCUUAGAGAAAAAUGAGCCCAUCAUUCAAAUAGGACCGCAGUUUUAUGCUGGGAAAGUGGAAAAUUCUCCAGGGACUAAUUUGUUCUUCAAGACUGCUCUGUUUGAUCCUGAACAUGAAUAUGAGGAGAUUGACAAAGACUUGCAAGCAAUCCCCGAGGUUUGGGCCAAUUACGAAGGGAAAAGUUGCAAAGUGUUAAAUGUGAAGAGAAUUUACCCUAAGCAAAAAGUGAUCACUGCAGAAGAAGUGACAACCGAAGUUGCAGGCGAAGAAGAAUAUUUAGAAGAGACCAAUGAGCAAAUUAUGAUUGGAACUCAAUAAAUGAGACACGUUGAUAAUCUUAUUGAAAAUUAAAA